AUGGAGGAAAUAUUCACUUAUAUCGAAAAGAGUGAUGAUUGUCAGUUUACUUUGAACGAAUUAAAAAAUGUUUGUAAAACUACAAUUAUAGAUAACCGGACGCUAAAGCUGCGAUUGAAGCUAAAGUAUGGUAAUAAAAUUAUUAUCACUGAAAAAUCAGGAACUUCAACAUUCAUAUGCUUAGUAGACAAUUAUCAUGAUAUUUUGAAUCAAGCUUGGUAUGAAAAUAAAUUGAAUAAAAAAGAAGAACGACUCAGAAUCUUAGAAGCUGCUGCAGCAAUCAUCCGCGAAGAUAUUCAAUCCACUAUGUUAGAUAAUUCUAAUUACCCUCCACCAGGUCGCAUGUUUGAAGAUUUAAACAACGAAAUCCCAGAGUCGCUGACCCAUUUUUUGGAUCAAGUGAUUUUAAAAAAUAAAAGAUCAAAUUUAGAUCAUUUAAAAUUGAUAUGCACAAAUAUUAGCCAUAGUAUAAUGGCUGCUCUUCGGCCGAGUCUAAAUUCUCUUUUAAAUUAUAUUGUAAAUUCUAUUCUAAAUUCUUUUCUAAAUUCUAUACUAAUUUCUAUUCUAAAUUAUAUUCUAAAUUCCAUUCCAAAUUCUAUUCCAAAUUCUAUUCCAAAUUCUAUUCCAAAUUCUAUUCUAAAUUCUAUUCCAAAUCCUAUUCCAAAUUCUAUUCCAAAUUGUAUUCCAACUUCUAUUCCAAAUUCUAUUCCAAAUUCUAUUCCAAAUUAUAUUCCAAAUUCUAUUUCAAAUUUUAUUCCAAAUUCUAUUCCAAAUUCUAUUCCAAAUUCUAUUCCAAAUUCUAUUCCAAAUUCUAUUCCAAAUUCUAUUCCAAAUACUAUUCCAAAUUCUAUUCCAAAUUCUAUCCCAAAUUAUAUUCCAAAUUAUAUUUCAAAUUCUAUUCCAAAUUCUGUUCCAAAUUCUAUUCGAAAUUCUAUUCCAAAUUCUAUUCCAAAUUCUAUUCCAAAUACUGUUCCAAAUUCUAUUCCAAAUUAUAUUCGAAAUUCUAUUCCAAAUUCUAUUCCAAAUUCUAUUCCAAAUUCUAUUCCAAAUUCUAUUCCAAAUUCUAUUCCAAAUUCUAUUCCAAAUUCUAUUCCAAAUUCUAUUCCAAACUCUAUUCCAAAUUCUAUUUCAAAUUCUAUUCCAAAUUUUAUUCCAAAUUCUAUUUCAAAUUCUAUUCCAAAUUCUAUUCCAAAUUCUAUUCCAAAUUCUAUUCCAAAUUCUAUUCCAAAUUCUAUUCCAAAUUCUAUUCCAACUUCUAUUCCAAAUUCUAUUCCAAAUUCUAUUUCAAAUUCUAUUCCAAAUUCUAUUUCAAAUUCUAUUCCAAAUUUUAUUCAAAAUUCUAUUCCAAAUUCUAUUCCAAAUUCUAUUCCAAAUUCUAUUCCAAAUUCUAUUUCAAAUUCUAUUUCAAAUUCUAUUUCAAAUUGUAUUCCAAAUUUUAUUCCAAAUUUUAUUCCAAAUUCUAUUCCAAAUUCUAUGCCAAAUUCUAUUCCAAAUUCUAUUCCAAAUUCUAUUCCAAAUUCUAUUCCAAAUUCUAUUCCAAAUUCUAUUCCAAAUUCUAUUUCAAAUUCUAUUCCAAAUUCUAUUUCAAAUUCUAUUCCAAAUUCUAUUCCAAAUUCUAUCCCAAAUUAUAUCCCAAAUUAUAUCCCAAAUUCUAUUCCAAAUUCUGUUCCAAAUUCUAUUCCAAAUUCUAUUCCAAAUUCUAUUCCAAAUUUUAUUCCAAAUUCUAUUCCAAAUUCUAUUCCAAAUUUUAUUCCAAAUUUUAUUCCAAAUUCUAUUCCAAAUUCUAUUCCAAAUUCUAUUCCAAAUUCUAUUCCAAAUUCUAUUCCAAAUUCUAUUCCAAAUUCUAUUCCAAAUUCUAUUCCAAAUUCUAUUCCAAAUUCUAUUCCAAAUUCUAUUCCAAAUUCUAUUCCAAAUUCUAUUCCAAAUUCUAUUCCAAAUUCUAUUCCAAAUUCUAUUCCAAAUUAUUAUAUUCUCAAUACCAUUCUAUGUUUUUCUACGUUAUAUAUUCUAAAAUAUAUAUUCUAA